AUGAAUACUACCCUUCAACCUCACCUAUCGUCCCCCUCCAAGCCUCUUACGGAUACUAAGCCCAGUACCAACAUGGGUCACGAUCCCUCCACCAUUCGCGCUUUCAAGACACAUCUCCAUCGCAGGUCCAGUCGCAUCGAGCGAUGGGUCGAGGAGCAGCACACCAUCACCUCAGACGUUGAGGAGGAGGAACUAGGGGGCGUGCCCACCGUGUGCCAUCCCUACCUCGCGUAUCCUCACCUCAGCGUGCCCUCGCUUCUCAUCCAGGAUGACAAGUCGUCCACGGGAGGCGACGGCUUCCUUGACCAACCUGCGACAAAAAUGGCCAAACGCGUGUCCGACGCGAAGUCAUCCUCGUUUCCUCCUGGAAAUGAACCUUCGACACCACCGAAGGGCUCGCCUGCUCGUCAGAUACCGAACGCGUCACGCCCCACAUCCCCGCUACGCGGUCUCCAAUUGCCCUUUGGUUCUCGUCGGCACCUGAAUUCCGUGCCUGAUGUUCCUCGGGUGCACAGUCCGGCGUCCUCAGCACUCUCACGCCAGGAUCCCAGCAAUCGACACGCCCCCGGUUCAAGUAUAUCUACUACAUACUCUCAGCCUCGUGUAUUCUCUCUGGAUACCCCCCCGCGGCAGCAACCCCCGUGGAAGAUGAAGCGAAGAGCGGUGAUGGGGCACUUCGCUAGCCCUUCAGAUACAGAGAGGGCCAGCGACGCGUAUCCACCGCGCCCGAGCACCUCGUCCUCGGUCACGCAGUCGUCCACAACGACCCAGACUCGGACCUCGCUCGACACGCCCACCACCCCGCGCAAGUGGGACUUGGGCUCGGUCCGUGGACACCCGCCCUCCGUCUUCCUAAACUCCGCAUCAUCCCUCUGGUCUCUGCCCGUCGACGCGACGCACCUGAACGACCCGCCUGACUCCACCAAGGUCCUCGCGCAGGAUAAGGAUAAGCACAGCACCGUCCGCAUUCCGCUCUCGCUGAAGAUGCCCAUUGGGAGCAUGGCGUCCCAUGGAUCUGUCCCUGGAAUCCUGGGAACGCCGAAGUCGAGGAAGAAGAGGAAGCUUAUCGUAAGCGGGAUUCCGCUCAAUGACGAGUCCCGCUUCGAAGCCGUGAAGAAGUGGUGCGAGUCCUUCGGGGAACUCAACUCUAUUACGAGGGCACCAAGCGGUGAUCUCUACAUUGACUUUCGGAAGGCGGAGGUGGCUGACACUGUGUGCCGCCUCCAAGCACGGGUAUACAUCAGUGGAGUAGGCAGCGUCGGCCUGUCUUGGUUCACUGGCAAGAAACCAUAA